GGUAGUUUUUCCUACUUUCAAAUACACAUAAAUAUGUAAGUUAUGUAUGUGUAGGUAAAAUACAUUUCUCCUUCUAUAAAUUACUUUUUAAUAAAUGAAAUUAGCUUUCAAGAAUCAUCUUCAAAUCCUUUAUUAUAUAAGUAGCCAAUCCCCAUUUCUUAAAUUUGUAUAAUCUUUUCUUUUUUUUCAAAUCUUGUUAUUUCAUUUCCAAAAAAGAAGCAACGCCAACCACUAACAAAUUAAGUUAAAAAUUCAAUCUUUAUUCUUCUAAAAAAAAAACUUACUCAAUGGGAAUGUCAGAAUUUCAUGUUUUGGCUGUUGAUGAUAGCUUAAUAGAUAGGAAGCUCAUUGAGAGGCUCUUUAAAAUCUCUUCUUGUCAAGUUACUAGUGUGGAUUCUGGAAGCAAAGCUUUAGAAUUUUUGGGGUUACAAGAACAUAACCAAAAUCCCAAUCCCCCUUGUGUUUCUCCUAAUGCCAAACAGAAUUUGCAGCAAGUGGAAGUAAAUCUUAUUAUCACAGAUUAUUGUAUGCCUGGAAUGACAGGCUAUGAUUUGCUCAAGAAAAUUAAGGAAUCUCCAUCUUUGAAAAAUAUUCCAGUAGUCAUAAUGUCAUCUGUGAAUGUUCCUUCAAGAAUAAGUAGAUGCUUAGAAGAAGGGGCAGAAGAUUUUAUCUUGAAACCAGUAAGACUAGCUGAUGUCAAUAAGCUUAAACCCCAUAUGAUGAAAACCAAAUGCAAAAGCUUUCAUAAACCUCAGAAAAUUGUCACAAAGGAAAAUCAAGAAUCACAAGAAAUUGAACCAAAAACAGAACAAAUUUUACAACAAUCUCAAGGCAAUAAUAAUAAUAAUAAUUAUAAGAGGAAGUCUAUGGAUCAACAAGGUUUAUCACCAGAGAGAACAAGGCCUAGAUACAACUACAAUAUGAUCUUAUGAUGUAAAUAGUUUUUUUAAUUAGACAAUUAACUUUAUUUUCAUCUCUUUAUCUCUUUAUAGUAUGUUUUUAGUUACAUUAUUUGGAUUUAAGAUAAAUGGAGAGAGGGAAAUAGAGGUAGGUGGAAUUGUUUCAUCUUAGUAAGAUGACAAUUCAUAACUGAAAAAAGUGGUGUUUUUCUCAACACUUAAAUUUC